AGCGAAGUCUCUUCAGCGUGCAGCUCCAUCAUCCUCUGACUAUGGUAACAGCGUCGUGAAGACUUCCAUCCUUCACCCCCCAAAAAACAACACCUUUUUCUCCAUCAACUUUUAAAGAGAAACUACUGAGACCAAACUCAUAGUAGUCAAGAUGGUGUUUGACAACAGCGCCAAUAACAUCAUGGAAGCCCCUAAGCUCCAGAGCGUGCUUAGCGAGGCCUACGCCGCUGCCGCUGGAAAAAGCAAGAAGAACCUUGACUUCCAAACUGAGACCAAGUCUCUGCAAGUCAGCAAUGGAAAACUUGCUAACCUCAAGCCUAAGGUGCGCAAAUUUGUGGAGGAGAGUGCUCAUCUCUGCCAGCCUGCCAACAUCCACAUCUGUGACGGCAGCGACCGAGAGAUGAGAAACCUCCUCAACAUCAUGCAACAGGCUGGAAUGAUUGAACCUCUGCCCAAAUACACCAACUGCUGGCUGGCCCGCACCGACCCCGGGGACGUUGCUCGUGUGGAGAGCAAGACGUUCGUCGUCACCAAGGACCGUCGCGAGACCAUCCCUACCCCCAAGGAAGGUGUCAAGGGCCUUCUGGGCAACUGGAUGUCACCCGAAGAUCUCAAGAAAGCCAUUCAAGAAAGAUUUCCCGGCUGCAUGGCUGGCAGAACCAUGUACGUCGUGCCCUAUUCCAUGGGACCCGUAGGUUCCCCUCUGUCAAAGAUUGGUAUUGAACUGACCGAUUCUCCUUAUGUUGUUGCUUCCAUGCGUACGAUGACCAGGAUGGGAAAAGCUGUGUUGGAUACACUUGGGGACGAGGACUUCGUCAAAUGCCUCCAUUCAGUUGGAUGUCCUCUUCCACUCAAGAAAAACCUUGUCAACAACUGGCCAUGUGAUCCUGAACGCACCAUUGUCACCCACGUUCCAGAGACAAAAGAAAUCAUCUCCUUCGGUUCAGGAUAUGGUGGAAAUUCCCUCCUGGGAAAGAAAUGCUUUGCUCUCAGAAUUGGUUCUACAAUUGCAAAGAAGGAAGGCUGGUUAGCUGAGCACAUGCUUAUUCUAGGUAUCACUAACCCCAAAGGAGUAAAGAAGUACAUUGCAGCAGCUUUCCCUUCUGCCUGUGGCAAGACCAACCUGGCCAUGAUGACACCUUCCCUACCUGGAUACAAAGUAGAAUGUGUAGGUGAUGAUAUCGCUUGGAUGAAAUUUGAUGAAGAUGGAAUCUUAAGAGCAAUCAACCCAGAAAAUGGCUUCUUUGGAGUAGCUCCAGGCACAUCAAUGCACACAAACCCUGUGGCAAUGAAGACUGUUCUUUCAAAUACAAUUUUCACUAAUGUUGCAAAGACCAGUGAUGGUGGAGUCUUCUGGGAAGGUCUAGAAAAGGAAACACCAAACAACGUCACCAUCACAUCUUGGUUAGGAGACACAAACUGGAGCAAAGAAUCUGGAAAACCUGCUGCUCAUCCCAACUCGAGAUUCUGCACUCCUGCUGGUCAAUGCCCUAUCAUAGACCCUGCGUGGGAGGAUCCAAAAGGUGUGCCCAUCUCUGCUAUCUUGUUUGGUGGAAGAAGACCUGAAGGUGUCCCUCUUAUCUACGAAGCCUUCAACUGGAGACAUGGAGUAUUGGUAGGAGCAGCUAUGAGAUCUGAGGCUACAGCAGCCGCUGAACACAAGGGUAAGGUCAUCAUGCACGAUCCAUUCGCCAUGAGACCCUUCUUUGGAUACAACUUUGGUCAUUACUUGCAGCACUGGCUAAGUAUGGAACAGAGAACAGACAAACCCCUUCCUCAGAUCUUCCAUGUCAACUGGUUCAGAAAGGACGAGAAGGGCCGUUUCAUCUGGCCUGGAUUUGGUGAGAACGUCCGUGUUCUGGACUGGAUUCUGCAGAGAGUAGAUGGAGGCGAUGUAGCCGAAGAAAGUGCUGUGGGGCUCAUCCCAAAACCUUCAUCUCUCAACAUGAAAGGCCUAGAGAAUGAGAACGUUGAUAUGGACGAGCUUUUCAGACUACCCAAAGACUUCUGGGAACAGGAGGUUAAAGACAUCUCCAAAUACUUCACUGAACAAGUUGGUGAAGACCUACCUAAUGAAAUUGGAGAAGAACUUAAGAAGCUGGACAAGAGAAUUGAAAAGCUAUAAUUCUACCGUCUGAAUUAAUGCUUUUGUUAUAACUCAGGAGUAUCAAUGGCAAAACACAAGACUGAAUAGCUACUGCAGCAUUCCAUUCUUGUACCGCAGAUUUUAAGCUACAUAUCAAAGUGGUGCUAGCUCGCCACUCUCUCGUACCACUCCUUUCCAUCACCUACCUGUUCUCCACGCUCCUUCUCCUUUCUCUAAUCUCCCUGUUUCCUUGUCACCCCGAUCCUGACUGGUUUUGUAACGGUCGUGAUUGUAUUUAUAGACAGAAAUCAUAAAUAUAUAUUUUAUAAAAAAAAAAAAUGUUAUAUUCUCGUCCAUCCUUCAAAAAUGGCUUUCCAGAUAUUUGAUAUUACUUUUGGCUAACUUUAUUUCAAAUGGAAAAAUAAAGGCGACUAUGCAGGCAAUGGUAGUGCUCUAGCAACUGAAUAGAUAGAAGUAGCUUAU